UUGUACCGCCACUAAAAUCAUGGUUAUGUCAAAAUAAUGUGUUGAACUAUAUAAAUUUGUUUAUAUUCGUAAAACACCUAUAAUUGAAAGGUUUCUUCAAAGAAAUUCAUAUUCAAAUUCAUGUAUUAGUAAAUAAUGAAGAAAAUAAUUUAGGAUUAUUAUUUUUUUUUUAAUCCCGAAAAUCGAAUAUAUGUCGUGGUAUUUGUGCAAGACACCAAACGUAUAUUGAAAUGGAGCAUUUUAUUACUGAAAAGCAAUUUUGGACUGGAAUUGUUAUAUUGAUAAGAAAUUACAACGCAGUUAAUAAAAAUAUAUUUGCAUGUGUAAUACAUAAAGUGUUGAAAGUAAAGAAGGGAAUUGCACAUUUCUCCAAAACAGAUUACUCUCAAUUUAGUGAUUUUCUUGAACUUGGAAAAAAUGAGGAUACAUUGGUUUCUGAUAGUUCUGAAGUGGAUCUAAUCCACGCACUUUGUAGUGUAGAAGAGAAUAAAAGUUUAGGAGAUGAAUGUGAGGGCUUUCUAAUAUUAUGUAAAUUUUUGUCUAAAAAAUUACAGAAGGAUAUCGAAGCUGUGGUUAAUAUUGAUUUACUGAUUAAAAAAUACACAUGUCGAUUUAUGUCGUGCGAAGAUUUGGAUGAUUAUGCUGUUAAAUUUGGUAACAACCACUUAACAGUGGAUAUACUCACUCAACGUAGUACCUCAGAUAAAAGUAAGCGAUGGUCUGAUUUUAUUUUAAAACCGAAACUAGUGAAGUGGUGUACAAGCCCAACUUUGGAUUCAGUUGAGGAAACCCAACACACAAAAUCCUUACAGUUGGUAGACUUGGAACGUUACAAUGAACUUUACAAGAUGCUCAAGUCCAAAUACGCUGAAAAAACAUUGAAUAUUUGGAGCAAAGCAAAAGAAUCUACUGAUCCUCUAAAAUAUAUUUACGAAGACCUGGCGAUAGCUGCUUAUUUGAUUUGUUUAUGGCAGCGUGUCGGAUCCCCGAUUGGUUUUGCCGAUCUCGGAUGUGGAAAUGGUUUAUUAGUAUAUAUACUCUCUGAAGAGGGCUACAAUGGUUAUGGUUACGAUGUGCGACGACGAAAAAUUUGGGCUUGUUAUUCACAUUCCACAAGAUUAAUUGAACAAACAAUAGAACCUCUAUCAUUUAAACUCCCAGAAGAUGUGGAUUGGUUGAUUGGUAAUCAUUCUGAUGAAUUAUCCCCAUGGAUACCUGUUUUAAGCGCUACUAGUAGCUUUCAAAUGCGUUUCUUUCUACUUCCAUGCUGUGCAUAUGAAUUUUCUGGUGCAAAGUUUCAACGUCGCAAUACGGGUAUAAGUAUAUAUCAAGAUUUUUAUGCAUAUUUAAAUGUAAUUUCACAAAAUUGUGGUUUUAUAACGUUAAAAGAUCGUUUGAAAAUACCGAGUACAAAACGAUUAGCUUUAAUUGGAAUUGAUCGUUCGUAUGCAUCGAAUUUAAAUGAAAAACAAAUACAGCACAUCGCAAAUUUUGUUGAAGAAGAGCGAAUUAAAUAUGGAAACAACAUAUCACUUUUGGAUAUAAAAUUACGUGACCCACACGAAAAAGUCCGAAAUUGCACCCAAAUCAAUAAAAAAAUUAUAGAUGCUUUAAUUUUAAAAAUAUUCCAUCAGCUAUUGUCUCCCGCCAAUAACACAAUAAAAACAAAUAACAAUAAAAUUGGUAGAUGGCAAUCUGGUGUCCGUUUACCUAUGAGAGACAUUGCACAUAAUUUAUCUAAAAGUGAUCUGCAAAGUAUCAAAGCUGAAUGCGGGGGUAUUAAAACUUUAUUACGAAAUAAACAUGAAAUAUUUGAGUUUCAUAGUGGAGACUUAAUUGGAAUAAGGAGGCCAAAAGCUUACGCCCCUCAUACUCAAUACAAUCGACAAACAAUUAAGAAACGGCCAUGUUUUUUUCACGUACAUCACCCAGAUGGUUGUCCUUUAUCGGCCGAAGUAUGCACAUUUAUACAUUAAAAUGUUCCCUUUUUAAUUAAGGUGUACAUCAAACGGAUGUAUAUUUAAAUUACUUUUAAAUCAAAG